AUGCAUACUGUCGACCUUGUUGGGGAAUAUGUUGUAUUUGAUGGGAUAAAUACAAAACGUAUCGCCGAUGGAAAUCGAUGGUGUAGAGACCGGUUUCAAGCAUCUACAGAAUAUCUAUCUAACUGGUUAUCUUCUUGCAGGAGCUUACAACUUUCGUAUCGAUAUGCAAUUUACGAUAGUUAUGGAUACCCUCGGGCAACAGUUGAAUUCUUCUAUAUUGUUGCUCAUAUGUCGACUUUAUUCAUUGGCACUUUUCUAGCGUCUCUUGCUGAUCGAUUUGGUCGUCGUCUAUCUUGUAUCUUCUGUGGCAUCUUAUACAUUCUAAGUGGUGUAUCAUAUAAUUUCAAUGUGAUAUCGAUUCUGAUAAUGGGAAAUAUAAUCCGUGGUGUGGCUAAUUCGUUCUUUCAUACAGAAUUCGAAGCUUGGGUCAUACAAGAAUACAAAAACCGUAAUUUAAAUUUACAAUCACUCCCACAAUUACUUCGUAAUUCUAACAUAUUUGGAACAAUAAUUUCCAUUGGAAUGGGUUUCUUCGCACAAGUUCUCGUUGAAUUCUUUGGAUUUAUCGCACCAUUUGAUACAUCCAUUGUGAUUUUUACUCUGAUGAUAGUAUACAUGUUGUUUGAAUGGUCCGAAAACUACGGAAAUCCAACGGUAUCAGCGAAUGUUAGCUUUAUUUCUGCUAUUCAAUUAAUAAAAUUCGAUUCGCGUAUUGUCCUACAUGGAUUAAGUACAGCUUUGUUUGAAACAUCACUCUACAUCUAUUUCAUUGAAUGGACACCGGCACUACUGAAAGCAAAAAGUCUCACUAUUUCUGAUCCAUUACCAUUCGGAGUUAUUUUUGCUUGUUACAAAUUCUCCAAUAUGAUGGGUUCGUUUGCUUUCGAGGCGAUUGUGAAGAAAAUUCGACCUCAACUACUUAUAAUAAUUAUAGCUAUUAUUUUAAUCACUGGAUUUAGUUCAGCUGUUAUUUGGUCCAAUGUUCAAGUAGUCAUAUUGAUAGGUUUCUUAUUUGUUGAAUUCGGAAGUGGUGCUUAUCGACCAUCGAUUGGUUUGUUAAGAAGUCAAUAUAUCCCGAACGAAGUCCGGUCAACAAUUAUGAAUUAUAUUCGAGUACCACAACUUAUUCUCAUAAUCUUCAUCUUACUCUGUCAUUUUCCAUUACCAAUUCUAUUUUCCAUUGCUGCUGGUAUGAUUCUCCUCGCCAUCAUAUGUCUAAUCAUACUGAAAGAUAUGAAGCCACCUUCGAAAAAAAUGGAUGGCAAUCAAGAAAUCGUGCUAUUAACUUCAUUACCUUUCUUAUCGUACGUACAUGAGAAACCACAAAUAUCACAAAAAGAAUGA